AUGGCUGCAGCCCGUGGGGCCGCCCCUCCCGGCGGGCCGCGCGCGGGGCGGAGCGGGGCGGGGAGGGCGCAGCCGCGCAGAGGGGGCGCGGCUAUGGCAGCGGCUUGGCUCUGCACAGUCAGGACUACAGCCUGCACAGCAGCACCUUUUGGGAAAUCUAUGCGGAAGGAGCUCUGGACAGGGUCAUGGAGAAAGGAAGCUGCUCGCCUGCCCUGGAUUGCUGGUGCGUGGCAGUGUUUGCAGUCACAAACCCAGCGAGCUCAUGGUGUCAGGAGUUACCUCAGGAGCCCCCGAGAGCCGUCUGUGUGUCAGUCCCACUUGGCCCCUGCUGCUGUGGUCCAGCAGAAGGCUGUGGAUGGGAGGACAGAAGAGUUCCAACUGGUCUACAGGUUCCCAGGGAUAAAGUACUGCAGGAUCCUGUCGAGACUGAAGCUGCUGCAGACUGCCACCUCCAUGAUCAUGCUGCCUCCCAUCUGCUACCUCUACCUGCAGGGCCAGGUGUCCCAGAAUAUCCUCCUCUAUACAACUGGCAUCGCUGUCUUUGCUGGGGCAAUGUUAUAUGGUAUGAGCUACUUUUUCAGAAGAAUUAUUGGAUUCAUCUACUUAAGUGAAACUGAACAAACUGUAAGAGUGGCCCACUUGACAUUUUGGGGAAGACGUAAUGACAUUUACUGUCCCAUAGAGACAGUGGUGACUUUGGAUGAAAUUGGAGAUAGCAAGGAUGAGCUACUUCACCAGUUCAAACGGUAUAACAGUACAGAUACUUUGUAUUUUACAAUUAAGUAUGGCCAGAUUGUAGACAGACAGAAAUUUACUCAAAUAUUUGGAGAAUUUGUGUGACAGAGCAGCUCAUUUCCAAUGACUUUCCAUGUCCAUUGUGCUUAUUCUUCCAUGAGGUUUAAGUAGUUCACCAAACUACACAUCCCUGUACAUUUCCUGUGCAAAGCCUGCUGUAAGUGCACCCAGUGUACAAAGUCACAGUGGUAAGGCACAGCCCACUGGAUUAAAGGUCUUGCAGCUUGUGUAUGGUGUGAGGAGUGUCUGUUCCAUGUAGCAUUCAGUAAUGUCACAGCAUUCCAAGCCUGAACUGUCCUUGGAAUGUGCCAAAUUACUGAGGAUGAAACAUGAAAAAUCUCUUGAAAUGAAAUGCAGGAGCUGCCAGAGCAUCCUCACUUCAAACUCAGUGUUUCUUUUAGCUCAUUUCAGGUUGGCUGGGAAGCCUCUGGAAAUUAAAGCUGGUCUGGUACAUCCAUAUUGUGGGUACUGCUGAAUGUCAGAGAGGGACAUGCUCACAUGUCAUGCAACUGAGGGAACUGGGAAGGUGUGUGGGCUGUCCUGGCCUCAGGAGGGUCCUCCAGGAUAGGAGCGGAACUGGGCAAAUUAAAGGCUGGGACAAUAUUUCAGAAGCUUCUUACAGAAAUUGCCAUUCUUCACUGGAAUGGGAAAAGCAGCACCUGUCUUCAUGAAGGAUUGUGGUCUUAUUCCAUGGUACUGGUAUGAUUUCUCCUUUGCCAAAACCUCAGUAGAAAUGAGGAAUUUAAACCCAAGAAAGAACCAAACAUAUCACCUAUAACAUGUAACACGUUUUUUGAAUUGUCAGAAGCACGAUCGCUUCUUACACCCCUCCUAGUUCUAGCUUCAUUUGAAACUGGCAAAUAAACUGACUCUCACCAAUAA